AUGACCAUCAUGAGACCGGCCCCUGAAGAUGCGCCCCAGCUGGACCUGGGCAAGAAGAUGAGCACGCCUCAGGAUCUGAUGAUCGAGGAGCUCUCCCUGCGGAACAACCGCGGCUCCCAGCUCUUCCAGCAGCGCCAGAAGCGGAUGCAGCGCUUCGUCUUUGAGCAUCCCAGCGGCUACAGGGAGCUCCCAGGGCCGGGUGGCUCACACCGCACCGAGAGAGGUGUCCUGGAGGGAACGGCAAACGAGUGGACGGCAGGGGUGGACGCCGGGGGCCAGCAGAGUUAUCACUCCGAGCUCCACGUGGCAGCAUCACCCCAGGGCGGCCCCCCCGAAGUGCCCAAGAAGACAGAGAAAGUCUUGCAGAUGAGCAAAGUCCUCAACCCCGACGCUCUGGCCCCAGGAUACUCAGGGCCCCUCAAAGAAGUCCCCCCAGAGAAGUUCAACGUCACCGCCAUCCCCAAGGGCUACCGCUCCCCAUGGCAGGAGCUCCUUGGCGACAAGGACAAUGCUGUGCAUGGCAAGAACCAGCCGCCUGUGAGACCCUCUCCAUGGGACUUCAGGAGCUUCAACAGGACUCCCGCCCCGUUUGACAGAGCCCUGGUCAGCGACUUGUUCUCUGCGCCCGCGGCGGAGCUGGAUAACCUGAGCGCUCUGGAGGUGAUUUCCUACAGACCCAACUUCAACAGAGUGCCGCAAGGUUGGGUGCGCAUUCUACCGGAGAGCGAUGAGCUGUAG